CCAUUGGCCGCUAGGCAGAGGUUCCCGCACCGUCAGCGGAGCACGCUACCGAACUCCCGCCCCAUUCAUUGGCCGUCCGGCUCCGCGGCGGCUCCGAACAACAUUUGCAUGGCGCUGGUCCGCUCUUUGUUGUCAGCCGUGGCGGGCGGGCGGUGCUCGCGCGUGCUCGAGCGGUGUGGGUGGGAGCGCGCCGCCGCCACCACCACCAGCACCAGCAGCACCAGCAUCACCUGUCUGCCCCGCGGCACCACGCCGAACUUUCAACCCAGCGGCCCUUAACGGCCCCGCAGCACGUGCAGGGCGCGGUGCUCGCCUCGGGCUCCAGGGGACGGCCGGCCCCGACCCGGCACCGCCGCCGUGCAGCGCCGCUCCAGCACCGGAGCCGCCGAGCGGUGUUCGGGAGCGAUCGGUUCUCCGCGGGGCGGUCCGCCUCCUCCGGGCAGGAUGGUGGACUUGGACAGCGAGGUGCCCCCGCUGCCGCCGCGGUACCGCUUUCGAGAUCUACUGCUGGGUGACCAGGGUUGGCAGAGCGACGACAGGGUGCAAGUUGAAUUCUAUAUGAAUGAAAACACAUUUAAAGAGAGACUAAAACUCUUCUUCAUCAAAAACCAAAGAUCAAGUCUGAGAAUACGGUUAUUCAAUUUUUCGCUUAAGCUACUAAGCUGUUUCUUAUACAUAAUUCGUGUGCUUCUGGAUGACCCUACACAAGGACAUGGAUGUAAAGAAUUAAACCGGGAUUGUUACAACCAAAAUUACACGCCUGGAACAAUUGAUUGGUCUCCUAUUAUUUGGGUGAAUCGAAGUUUGCCUUUAUGGGGAUUACAGGUUUCAGUGGCUUUAAUAAGUCUCUUUGAAACACUAUUACUGAGUUAUCUUAGCUACAAGGGAAAUAUCUGGGAACAAAUUCUGCGAAUACCCUUCCUACUGGAAAUAAUAAAUGCUGUCCCUUUCAUCAUUACGAUUUUCUGGCCAGUCCUAAGAAACCUGUUUAUUCCUGUUUUUUUAAACUGUUGGCUUGCAAAGCAUGCUUUGGAGAAUAUGAUUAAUGAUCUUCACAGAGCCAUCCAACGUACACAGUCUGCAAUGUUUAAUCAAGUCCUCAUUUUAAUAUCCACCUUACUGUGUCUUAUCUUCACUUGUAUUUGUGGAAUUCAGCAUCUGGAACGAGCGGGAAACAAGUUGACUCUCUUUGACUCCCUUUAUUUCUGCAUAGUGACAUUUUCCACUGUGGGCUUUGGGGAUGUUACACCCAAGAUAUGGCCUUCAAAGCUGCUUGUUGUCAUUAUGAUCUGUGUUGCUCUUGUGGUGUUGCCCAUACAGUUUGAACAGCUGGCAUAUUUGUGGAUGGAGAGACAAAAGUCUGGUGGCAACUACAGUCGACACAGAGCUCAGACGGAAAAACAUGUUGUGCUGUGUGUCAGCUCUCUGAAGAUUGAUCUACUUAUGGAUUUCUUAAAUGAAUUCUAUGCUCACCCUAGGCUGCAGGACUACUAUGUUGUUAUUUUGUGUCCUACUGAAAUGGAUGCUCAGGUCCGGAGAGUGUUACAAAUCCCGAUGUGGUCUCAAAGAGUUAUCUACCUCCAGGGCUCAGCACUGAAAGAUCAAGAUCUGCUGAGAGCAAAAAUGGAUGAUGCUGAAGCUUGUUUCAUUCUAAGUAGCCGCUGUGAGGUGGACAGAACAGCAGCUGAUCAUCAAACCAUUUUAAGAGCAUGGGCUGUUAAAGACUUCGCCCCAAACUGUCCUUUGUAUGUCCAAAUACUGAAACCUGAGAAUAAAUUCCACAUCAAGUUUGCAGAUCAUGUUGUGUGUGAAGAAGAAUUCAAAUACGCUAUGCUAGCUCUCAACUGUAUAUGUCCAGCUACCUCUACAUUAAUCACACUGCUGGUUCACACCUCCAGGGGACAAACAGCACCAUGGGAAGCUUUUCGGCAACUAACUGGAACCAAGCAGACUCUGAACAGAGAGAGUCAGCAAUCAUCAGAACAGUGGCAGAAAAUGUAUGGCAGAUGCUCUGGUAACGAAGUGUUUCACAUUAACCUGGAAGAAAGCACUUUUUUUGCUGAGUAUGAGGGGAAAAGCUUCACAUAUGCUUCUUUUCAUGCACAUAAAAAGUUUGGAGUCUGUCUGAUUGGUGUUAGAAAGGAAGAUAACAAAAACAUUUUGCUGAAUCCAGGUCCUCGGUAUAUCAUGAGUUCUACAGAUAUAUGCUUUUAUAUAAAUAUCACCAAAGAAGAGAAUUCUGCUUUCAAGAAACAAGAAAAACACAGAAAAAGACAUGAAUCAAAAUUAUCUUAUCAUGGAGCUUCUAGGUUGCCUGUACACAGUAUAAUAGCCAGCAUGGGAACUGUGGCUAUCGAUUUACAAGACACAGGAUGUCGUACGUCCAGCGGACCUACUCUAGCUCUUCCUUCUGAGGGAGGUAAAGAGGGCAGACGGCCCAGUAUAGCACCUGUUCUGGAGGUUGCGGACUCAUCCUCACUUCAGGCAUGCGACCUGCUAAGCGACCAGUCAGAAGAUGAAACUACUCCAUCUGAUGAUGAAGUCUCUGCAGGCUUUGAGUAUGCCAAAGGCUAUCCUCCUUACUCUCCUUAUAUUGGAAGUUCUCCCACAUUUUGUCAUCUUCUGCAUGAAAAAGUACCCUUCUGUUGUCUAAGACUAGAUAAGGGGUGUCAGCAUAACUACUAUGAAGAUGCCAAAGCCUAUGGAUUCAAAAAUAAAUUGAUUAUUGUUGCAGCAGAAACUGCUGGAAAUGGUUUAUACAAUUUUAUCGUUCCACUUAGAGCUUAUUACAGACCAAAGAAAGAACUCAAUCCCAUUGUAUUACUCCUGGAUAACCCGCCAGAUAUGCAUUUUCUGGAUGCAAUCUGUUGGUUUCCAAUGGUUUACUACAUGGUGGGCUCUAUCGACAACCUAGAUGACUUAUUAAGAUGUGGGGUCACCUUUGCAGCUAAUAUGGUGGUGGUGGACAAAGAAAGUACAAUGAGUGCUGAGGAAGACUAUAUGGCAGAUGCUAAGACUAUUGUAAAUGUUCAAACACUCUUCAGGUUGUUCUCAAGCCUAAGCAUUAUCACAGAACUAACUCACCCUGCCAAUAUGAGAUUCAUGCAGUUCAGAGCCAAAGACUGCUAUUCUCUCGCUCUAUCCAAAUUGGAAAAGAAAGAACGGGAGAAGGGAUCUAAUUUAGCAUUUAUGUUUCGACUUCCUUUCGCCGCUGGCAGGGUUUUCAGCAUCAGUAUGUUGGACACACUGCUGUACCAGUCAUUUGUGAAAGAUUAUAUGAUCUCUAUCACAAGACUUCUCCUGGGACUCGAUACAACACCAGGAUCUGGGUUUCUUUGUUCAAUGAAAAUCACAGAAGAGGAUUUAUGGAUUAGAACAUAUGCCAGACUAUAUCAGAAACUUUGUUCUUCUACAGGAGACAUUCCAAUUGGAGUCUACAGGACAGAAUCCCAAAAGCUUACAACGUCUGAAUCUCAAAUAUCUAUCAGUGUAGAAGAAUGGGAGGACACUAAAGACACCAGAGAUCAGGUCAAUUAUCGGAAUAAUCAUCGUAACUCAACAUCUAGUGAUCAGUCUGACCAUCCCUUGUUACGACGAAAAAGCAUGCAGUGGGCUCGACGGCUGAGCCGAAGAGUACCAAGACACUCUGGUAAAACAGCUGAGAGGAUAAGCCAGCAGCGAAUGAACCUUUACAGAAGGUCAGAAAGACAGGAACUUGCUGAACUCGUGAAGAACAGAAUGAAACAUCUGGGCCUUUCUCCAGCAGGAUAUGAUGAAAUGAAUGAUCAUCAGAACAACCUUUCUUACAUCCUGAUCAAUCCCUCUCCAGACACAAGAUUAGAGCUGAAUGAUAUAGUAUACUUGAUCCGACCUGAUCCAUUGGCUUAUGUUCCAAAUACAGCAUCCAGCCGAAAAGAUAGCUUCUGCAAUACAGUGGGACAAGAUACCAGAGAGGAAACACAACUUUGAUACGUAAUUCAACAAAAUUAACAAUUUUAUACAUACAGUUUCCACCAAUCAUUUUGAAAACUAAGUGGUACAUUUUAUUCAGCUUUUGGAAACAAAGUGACAGCGGGUAAGUCACUUAUUUUAGAAACAUGGUCUCCAGAAACUCUUAUGAGUUUCCUAAUGAUUGUCAAGCCUGUCACCUGUUCAACACUGUAGUUGAACUUUAGCAGAAAACUGCUAUGAUUUAACCAAUAUGAAGAAAUGAUUAAAGAAGUGACAGAUUCCAACAUGUUUCACUUAGAAGCUUCUAAGUAUAUCUAUCAAGGUGGCAGCAUGUCAGUGAAUAAGUUUCUGACAUACAUCAUAAAAGAUUAUCUGAUGUCCAUCGAGGGAUCAGGUACAUACAGUGGAAAAUAUGUUAAUAUUUAAAACUGCCAAAGAGGCUGCUUGUGCCAAGAAUACAAUCUCUGAGAAUUUUCAAGCUUAGUUUGUCACCCAUUUUUAUUUGAACACCUCGUUUCACUCCCAUUUUGGCCUCUAGGACUUGAAUGUUUGCCCUGUGAGUUUAAGAGAUGACACAGCUUAGUCACACUGUACAGGUUAAGACCUGAGGCACAUCUACUGAAGGAUGAGCUCAAAGAAGCCCAAUAUGUCACAAAGUCAUUUCAAAAAGGAGCAUUUCAUAGAGCAAAUGAAACAGAAGUUUCAAAAAGAUACAGGAAUUACAUAAAAGCAGCCUCUUAAAUUUGCAAAAAUCUGGUAAGACAGUACAUGAAGCUACAAACAAUGGUAGCUCGGAUGAAAAAUGAACCAUUUAACAUAAGUUGUCAGUCAUAAAAUGGCUUGGUUGAAGGAGAGCUUAAUUAUCAUCAAGUUCCACUCUACCUGCCAUAAGCAGGGUUACCAUCCACUAGAUCAAGUGGGUCAGUAAGAAACUCAGUGGAUGAUGCCAAAAGCAAGCACCACCCUAAGGAGCAACUAAUACCACAGAUCCUCCCUACACUUGUGCUGAUGCUAGAACUCCAAAUGUUCAAACUACCAACAUACCUAGUCAUUCACAUUACCCAAAUAUGAUACUUGUUCAUAUGAAAUUACAUAUCAUAAUGAAAAUGAGAAAAGCUCAUAAUCUAUUCCAUAAAAUGAAUGGAACACAACAUUACUUUAGCUGAGGGUUGUUAGAGUUAGGGUACUAUGGCUAGGCUGUGGUUGGACUUGAUGAUCUUUGAGAUCUUUUCCAGCCUGGGUAAUUCUAUGAUUCUAUGACUACAUUAAGUGGAUUUGAAGGCUUGGUUUUGGCAUUAGCUAUGCAAGAAAGCCUCAACAGUGUGUGAAGCAUCUGAAGCUGCUACAGAAUCUCCAGUCUACAUAUAUGAGAAUCCCAGAAGUUUUGGUCAAGACUUUUACAGAAUUAAACAUGGCUGUAUGUGACCUUCAAAAACUGCAUUCUUGCUUUCCUGUCUGUCACAAAAGGGGAAGAAAGUCCUUAAGGUUCAAACCAUCCUGCUACAACAAUCAAUAUUGGACUGUUAGGGGAAAAAAAAAAAAAUGACAUGUGGACUAAAGUGGCAAAACUGAUAACUGUUUGAACUUCCUUGGUGUUCUCUGUGUACUAAGAAAUGCACUCAAAAAACAUUUAUAUUCUCUUUUUAUUAUUUGGAAAAAAAAGCAUAGCUGAUAUUGUUCUGAAAAAUAAAAUGCCAAGCUGCCUAAGGAACAUGCAAGUAUGCUUACCAGUGUUGCAAGAAAAAAAAAACACCACAAAACAAACACAUAUCACACUCCUAUUAGGAAUAACAUGAGGUCUGCUGUUGUUCCUUCUCUUCCUCUUAAUUCUUCUGAAACUAAACUGUAAGAAAUUACUUUGGUCUGCUCUAAGACUCUAAUCAGAAAACCUGCACACAAAUACAGGAUUUCCAUUUUUAAAAGGAGAAAAAGGUAGCUGGAAAGAGGACUUUCUCAGCUUUUUUAAAAAAAAUUUUUUUUUUUUUUUUUUUUUUUUUUUGUAUUGGCAUCUUGAAGUAGCAACAGGGUUCAGAACAGUAUCAGUUACUGUGCAUGGAGCCCGGUGUUCUUGCACACAUACACAAUCCAUCCAGUUAUUAAACUCUGAAGACAAAAUUCCCUGGGCACUUUGGGGAAAAGGGAUGUAUCAACUGAAACAGUUGCUCAAAUCAUCUCUUAGAAUCUUGUCCAAGUUGCAUCAUGGAAACUAUCACAUAGAAACUAUUGUGUAGAAACAGUUAUGUUUGUAAAAUGAAUAGCCUUUAUUUUUAAUACCUUCAAUGAAAAGACUACUCCAGCUGUGUAUUUCUAAAAAAGAGAAGUGUUUUAUACAGUGUUCACUCCAAAAUAUUAAAAGAAUUCAGUGUUUCAUACUGAAGGCCUUUCUAACAGAGCCUCAAGGAGGCAAACAGGAUUUCAGGAACAUGCCUAGUAUUCACAACUUGCAAGCUACUCUGCUUUCAGUGGGAUAUGCACAAUAUAUCCCUGUGUCAUCCAAUUCAGACAUUCCCUGUACAUUGCCUGAAGUAACUGUGACAGAUUUAAAGACUCUGCCACAUGAAUAGUGAGGACUCCAUGCCUGGCAUUUACCAGCCUGUAAACAAGUAGAAAUAAGUAAUCAGGUAUAUCCAUUUUUUACCUAACUUAGUGGAACAGCAGUAUCUAUUGCUGCUUGAUAUUUCCCAGCCUUGAUCGAUUUUUAAUUGCUCAUUAGCCCUAGGAGAUUUGCUAAAGCAAACAAAAACAGGCGGAGAAAACUUGCAGUGUGUCCAAAAUAAAGCAAAGACAAUCUUUCUGAACAAAAAUACUUGGAUUUUUUCAAAUUCUGUUGGAAGACGAGAAAGGCAAUAAAAGGUAACAGCUUCAUCCAAGGCAAUUCUAAUAACCCAUGGAUGAUACACUGCUAUUUUCUGUAGUUCAAGAUGUGCCACCUUUUACGCUGGAAGCAGAACAGCUUUGCUUCCCCUGGCACAUCUUCAGACCUCAUUCUAGUGAGAUUUAAACCUUUCAAUAAUCAUACUGAGUACUCUACAAGAACACUGAAUUAGAUAGUACACAUAUUCCUUGGCGGCCAAGCAGGAAGAUCUAUGAGAAUCACUUUACAGUGAUCACAUACUUCUUGUCUAGAUUAUCAGCAAUAAUAUACAGCGAGACUAAAGGUGAAGUUGAGAAACAGUAAUAUCCAUGCUCAGCACUAGAGAAGGGAUGAUAAAGCUUUAGAGUCAUUGAGUCCAGAAGACUUAAACAGAGUUCUGUGUGAUGACAACUUACUCAGUGAAUACAGAGAUAAAACUUAAGAUCAUUUACAAAAGAAAGUGGUUAAAUUCUAAACCAACUGUCAGAAGCCAGAUGGCCAAGUAACAUUUUUUCUCCUUCUCAAUCAAAGAAAAACCUGACUUCAGUUUGUAUUUAUAUAUACUUUUUUCUUCUCUUCAUAACUCAUCAGUAAGUUAAACACGCUCUCUAUACCAAACCCUUCCUGAAAAGCUACCAGGAAAUUUGGAAGUCAAAAUCCCGAUAAGUUGUUAGCACAUAACUACUACCUUAUCAGAAGUGUUUUCCCCAAAGGGACAAAAAGUUAUGUAUUCUACAAUAAAAAGUCACAAUAAGUA